AUGCCUGAAUUUUGCAAGCAAUUUGGGUUCACACGCGAACAUGACGCACACGCAGCCUUCUCUAGCCUUCUUUCAACAAAUCCGCUGUCCCAGUCCUCUAGAGAUAUCUUGUGGAUAGAGGCCAAUAUUUUGCAAGCAGGCUUCUCCCGACCUCAAGGUGAUCUCAAAGAGUCAUAUGCUCAAUCGUCGACAGCCUCGGAUGCGCUAUUGGAUGCGGAAACCCCUGCUGACGAGUUCGAGCACGAUCAAGACACAGAAUUGCAUCGAUCAGCAGGUACGGCAGCAGGCAGUAAACGGCGACGAGCUAUAUUGGAAGGGGGUCAACAAGAGCGAGAGCAGCCGCGACAGAAAAGGAAGGGUCAACAGCAGCAGCAGCGGUGGCUGCGCAAGAAGGAAGAAGACCUGUCACCUCAAUGUUUCUUCGACGCGGCUACAAUUGUCCUUCCUGGGCUUGAGAUUGAGGGCAUUGACGUUGGAAAGCCGUUCAAGCGACCGCAGGAGGAGGCCGCCGCCGUCAUUAACGAUGUAAACAGGGCAAUGACAUUGUAUCAACUCUCCUUCCAGGCUGGCAUCUAUUUGUGGCAGAACGUUCACACCUCUUAUUUGCCCAAGGACCAUUACGAUAUCGGCAAAGCCAUGGCUUCCGUGGAGUUGCUCAAGACCUUCAAGAUAAAACUGUCGCUGAAAGUCAACCGAUAA